AUCAUUGAAAUUUAAAAAAAUAUGAUCCUAUUGUACCAUUUUCACUUUACAUUACAUGCACGAACAUCUCUUUCCGAUCCUAAGAUAAAUAAACUACAUUUAGUUCCACCGAAUAAUUUUCUGCUCUAAGACUUCUAACUGGAAAUCGGCAUUAGAUACGCGACACAUCAGUCAUGUCAGUCUCUAUUUGGGUCUCAGUACGAAAAUAAAAUGUACAUUAUCCGAAUCUGUAUCAUUUUGUCAUAUUGUUCGAUAAUCUGGUGUGAUUGGGUUGAAAUAACACAAGUUAAAGGAACAAAUUACACUUUACAAACCGAAUUUCCUCUGUUGGAAACUCCAUCAACAAUUCAAAAGCCAUUUGUAUCCACAACCACACCCUCAAGUUAUGAAAUUGUAAUGAGAACUCCAUACUACAACGACCUAAUGUUGACUAUAGCCCCUUCAAAUCAAUUACAAAGAAAGAUAGGUAACAAAGGAACUACGGUCCGGGUCACUCCAACCGUGGAUACUACUUCACCACCAAUAAGUGUGUCAUUUCCAACCGAAAAUAUAACUGAAGAAAUACUUGAAGAUGAAAAACAAGAAAAUGAUGAGACCAAAGAAAAUUGGAAAUUCGAUAGUUUUAUACCCAUGGUUAAAACGAUUCAAAAGACACUGAUGAAAGACCAGGAUAAAUCGGUGACCAAUAAAAUUGCGGUGUUGAAAAAUUUAAGGGACAAACUUUUAUGGAACAUAGGCGACAAAAUGACGAAUCUGUGGGGUCCGUCGGAUCAGAAUCGGCAGGCACGAGGCUAUAAAGAUGAACACCACAUGGACUUUCCUUCGAACGAGGGAGCCCUUAUGACAAUUGGUUUUCUGACAUUUGCCGUCUUCCUCAUAAAACUAGUCUUGGUAAAAUUUUAUUUUAUGGUACCGCUUAGUUUUAUUAUUAAGUCCGGAUUAAAGUGCAUUUUGCCCGGAAAAUAUGACACAAAACUCAUUUAUGCCUUGAAAUAUAAACAACAGUAUUACAUGACGACAACCACGACAGCAGCCACCGUAUUUAUAAGAAGACAACGGGAUAUUGAUGAAGAUGAAAACGCAAGAAUAUUAAAACUUAUUGAAGAGUUUAGAUUAGACUGA